UGUUCAAUACAUUUUUCUUUUGCACUUCGUGAUCUCAGAGCAAUACACCUUUCUUGAGUUAAGUCUAUGUAUAUUAAAAAGAUGUUUUAAUGAUUAAUCCGUUUGAUUGCAUCUGCCAGUUUUAGUUCUUUGACCCAUUAUCUACAGUCUUAAAAGCUUGGAGUUAUAUGGAGGCUAAAGGCACCAAAACAAACUGGUGAAUGCCACACCUCUCUUGAUCUUGACAUGCACAAACUCUUAGUUAUAGUUAUAAAACGAACGUUUACUAUUUUGAUUUUUUUCGAAGUUUCUACGAGACGAAGCUGUCACUUGACACAGCAAAACAGAUUCCAGGUAGCAGUCCUUAUUAUAAGUAUUCGGAUAAGUUGCAAGCAAAGGGAUAUGGAUAAUAUCGGCGCAUGCCUCCCGGUUAAGGCGUGGUGCUCAAACAUCUCACCUUAGACUCAUUACAUCAGAAGAGUAAGCAAACCUCUUCCAGCAGGUGAGGCCGGAUUCUUUGUGGGAUGUGUGGGCUACUCUUUAUUGUGUCGAUAAAUAAAACGCUUUCAUUCCAUAAAGUUACAACCUAUUUGAAAUUAUGAGUCUGUACGAAAACUGUAUGAGUAGCAAUCAGUGAAAAAAACCAAACAUGUACAGUAACAAGUGCUCGUGCAGAUAUAACAGCAACAGCUUGAAGCUUGAAAACGGCUUUAGGAAAUAUGCUAUACACUUGGAAAAAGUGGUCAUAUAAUAUAUGUAUGUGUAUGUUAUGUUCAUAACUGGCCAAUCGUCUCGCCUUUUGCUGUAGGCGUGCGCUACUACACUUCUUAAUUUGGCAGGUUUCCUUCAUAAACGAAAGCGUGGACGUAAGGACGAUUCAAGAUGAAGGUGCUGCAUCUCUUAUUAUUUUUGUACGCGGUGUCUAAUACGACAUUAGCGUCAGACGACUGUGCCGUCUGCGUCGGCGUGAGUUUGGGGAUGGUUGCGUUAAUAACUCCUUUCUUAAUAAUUGCUAUGGAUCCUUUGCUGCCUUUUGAUUCUAAGCGUUUGAAGGCGGAUUUAAGAGACUCUCUCUUCGGGCAGCAUAUCGCGACUGAUGUCGUGCUGAAAGCUGUAUCGACAUUCAUGACUGACAAAAACCCGAACAAACCUCUGGUCCUCUCUUUUCACGGAACUACAGGAACUGGAAAAAACCACGUUGCUGAAAUCAUCGCAAGAAACAUUUACAAACAAGGAUACCGGUGUGGGCAUGUUCACAUAUAUAUAUCUGAGCAUCACUUCCCUCACAAAGAACACACACAUAUCUACAGCGCAAAUCUAAAGAAAUCGAUUCCUCAAGCGGUAUAUUGGUUUCCCCGCUCCAUGUUCAUAUUCGAUGAAGCGGACAAGAUGGAUCCACAGCUGAUUGAUGCCAUAAAACCUUUUCUGGACUACAAUGCCCGCGUAGAUGGAGUGUCAUUCAACAAAGCGAUUUUCAUUUUUCUCAGUAAUGCAGGUGGGAAUGUGAUUGCUGACGUGGCUCUGGAUUUCUGGAGAGAAGGAAAAGAUAGGAAAGAAAUCAGGAUGAACAGCAAGGAGCUGGAGUUCAAGAUCUCUAAAAACAUCAAAAACGAGAAAAGUGGAUUUUUACACUCUAGACUAAUAAAGCAUCAUCUGGUCGAUCACUAUAUUCCUUUCCUUCCUCUGGAGCUGAUGCACGUGCGUCAGUGUGUCUUGGCUGAGAUGCUACGUCUGAACAUGACUCAAGACGUGGACCUGGCAGAUAAAGUGGCCAGAGACAUGCCUUACUACCCCGAAGAAGAGAGAAUAUUUGCUGUUAAAGGCUGCAAGUCUGUCAGACAGAAGCUGUUCCUCUAUAACGAUGACUGAACAACUAUAGCAGUACUUGCGGUUCACUAUUUUACUGUCUGUUUGCGGCUUUUACUAUUUCGGUUUUUCUUUUUAUUCAAAUCAUUAGCAAAACAAACCCGUCACCUGGAUUUAAGGUUUCAGGCGGCAGGUCUUUGGAUAAAUUAAGGUGCAUUGCAAAGACAGAAAUAUGUGGAUGGACAUGGUUUUGUGCUCGUCAGACUUCAUUUUUUAAACACCUUAUAAAAAAAAAAACAUACCUUUGUCGCUUCUUUUUUCUAUUGCCUCUUACAACAGCUGAGGCAGGAUUCUUUCACUUUAUUAAUAUG